UUGGCGACCAUGCUGCUGACAGGCCUGGGCCUCGUGCUAAGACCCUCGCUGGCCCAGGCCUGCCCCAUGCAGACCUGGAGGCCUCAGUGGAGGGGCCUUGGGGAGCCUCACAUGCCCAUGGAGUAUGUGCCCCUCAGGGACAGGGAAGCCACCCCCGGCCACAACCUUGGAGGACAUCAGUGUCCGCACGCUAUAUGACAAGCUUGAGGACCAGAGCCUGCAUGUGGCGGCCCAGCUGAGCAGGCACAGGGAUGACAUGCUGGCUUUCUACAGGGGCGCCUGCCGGCAGCUCCAGGAACUCAAGGACCUCCUGCAGGGCUUCAGCAUGACUGAGCAGCCAGGUCUGGGCAGCGGUGGGGACCCAGUGACGGGGGCCGGAGCCGCUGCCAGGACAGACGACGGGCAAAGCCAGGACUCGUGGGGCAGCCACACUGCGGCUUCUCCCAGGGAGCCCUGGCAGUGUCCUCCAGGCUGUACCCUCAGCGUCCCUCCCGCGGGCUUUCAGCCAGAGCUGGACAGAGUGCUUUACGCUCUGGCGUCGGCACUUUCUCAGGCAAGCGGACCACCAGCUCGGAUCAGCAGAAAGGCCUCUGGUCAGGUUGGUGAACAGCCUCUCUCUGCUCGUCAGCGAGACCCUCAACUGGUGGAUGAAGUGCUCCUGAAGCCCCGGCCUCUGCCCUCGGAUGAGAAGCACCAAGGCCCAAGCCCCCAGCAGCAGCCAGGACCUGGGCGGCCCCCCCAGGGUGACGCCAAAGGAACAGACGCUGAGAGCCGGGGACGUGGACGCAGGACUGGAGCCUUUCCUGGGCUGCAGAGAAAGAUACGGCAGGUGGAAGACAAUCUGGAUGGGCUGAAUGAGGAGUUCUUCCAGCUCACUGCUCAAGCCUUAGUGCUCCAGAAAGAAGAGGACAGGCCAGGCCAGCUGUCGCCAAGUGAAGGCAACAUGUUUGUGGUGCUUCCCAGAACCGGCCCUCCUGUGUGGCAGAAACACAGACCCGACCCAGCAGAGGCCGGAGGCCCCGGCAGAGAGAACCUGGGAACCUGGGCCCUGAACAGUGACCAGGCCCUGACACUGGAGGCCAGGAGAGCCUGCCUGGCCCAGAGGGCGGAAGACCUGGAGUGGGAGCUGUCCCUGCUCCUCCAGGUGGCAGGUGGCAGCCGGCCCCACCUGGGGAGACGUGAGUCACACAGGGGCCAUGGGGCCUUCUCCACGCAGACACGGCUCCUCUGCUCACUGCUGGCAGGAAGGGGUGGGCUCUGGGGGACUGCCUGGCCCAGAGUGUGUGCUGGGCUUCAUGGCAUGCUCCCCGGUAACACCCAGAUUUCUUUCAAAGCCUGGACCUCGGCUUGUGCUGAUUUCUGUCUGGGAUCCUUUGGGGUGAGGCUGGAAAAUCAGUGUGCAUUCCCAUCACUAACUCUGUCCAUUGAGCCUCUGUGCUUCACUUGGAGCCCCGGCUUCAGGGGUGAGAGGUGCCUGGGGUGGGGACUAUGAGAACUCAGGUGCAGCCCCAGCCCAGAACUUCCACUCCCACCUCCCGUCACAGCUGAGUCCUCGUGGGAGCCCACCGGACCCUGCUCCCCUCCGGGAGCCAGGACCUCCUGGAGGCCAGAGACAGGCCCUGCCUCCUGGGCAGCCAGCACUUCCUGCCCCAUGCCUGUGCUCAAGCAGUCCUAAUCUGGGGCAGCCCCGUCACUCAGCUGAACUGGGAUCAUGCCCCACAGUUAACAGGAGCUGAGUGUGCCUUCCAGAGCAGCAGACAAGGACAGGCGGCCCCGCCUUUACUGACUGAGUCCCCCGCCUUUACUGACUGCUGUUGUUGUUUCCUUCUCUAGCUGCAUGCCCUCCGAGCUUCACGUGGCCCAGGUGACAUGUCACCAGAAUUCUUAACUGCCCUGUAGCUCAGGCUUCUGAUGUACGAGUGACUACAGUAAGGGGGGCUCGAGCUGUCUCCCAGAAACCUGGAGUCAGCUCCCGCCUAGGUCAGACUGGCUAAGACCAGUUGGGAUGACCAACCCUAAAACUGGGCCUGUGCAGAACACCAAUUACCUCAUCUUUUCUCUGCCUCCAGUCCCCUUUCCCCCGCCUCAGCCCACCCUGCUUCUUUAUCCCAUGAGCAUCUCAAGCCCCUGGUCUUCAGGGAGGCAGAGCUAAGGUUCAUCCUCCCUCUCCUCACUCGGCUGCCUUGAAAAUGAACCUUUCCCUGCUGUAAACCUCGGCUCACAGUGUUUGGCUUGCAGACAAACCUGGUUCAGUGACAAAAUUCUCUUCAUCCUCUGUCGGAGGAUGGCCCGAGGCCACUGCCACCUGCCCCGGAGGCCACUCACCCCACCCCUUUCUCACUCACCCCUCCUCUCACCCUCGUGGGCUCUGACUCCUACUUUACUCCCUGUGCCAUGCUUUGUCCUCCCUUCCAGACUGAGUUCCUUAAGGCAGAACAUGUAUCUCACACACACACACCCCACACUGCUCCUCAUGCACGGGGCAGUGGCUGACCCAGAAGUGCUGCAUGAGUAUAACUGACCUUGUGGAGGACACUGACCCUGAGACCUCACAGCCACGUCAGGGCCACGCCAGCUCGUGGGAGCCUGCACUGACUCAGGGCCAACCUUGUGGGCGAGCUAGAAGGUGCUCGGAGGCGAGGGACAACUUCACGGAGGGCUGGGGCUGGGAUGGUUGGAAAGGGGCAGGGAGAAGGGAGAGCAUUUCAGACUAGUUAGGUGGCUGGAAAGAGAGAGAGGAGACAAAAGAGCGUGCCAGGUAUCGGCCAGAAGUUUCAGGGCAGAAUCACUUAGGAAGAGGAAACCACAGAGGCAAGCAGGGUGGAGAGUGUCCUGGGCUCCUGGGGCUCCCCUCUCCUCCCGGGCCACUGCUUCUUGGCCCUCGGGCCGGCCUGCCAGGCCAGGGCACAGAGCUGCGUCAGCCUCUUCUGAUGGCCAGUGUUGAGCCAAGGCUCUGGGCCCUCGCAGCCAGACUGAGCUACACCUGGACCCCGGCAUUUAGAGCUGUGCUCCAGGCCGGGCACCCCAGGGGCCACACACAGAUGCUCACGUGGGGCCCGGAGGAACGGACACCCCCUGUCCUGCCCCAAAUACGCCAGUAGGGAGCUCACUACCUGUGAGACCCUACAACUCGGGGCUCCAGGUCAUGAGAGAGGGAGGAGCUGCCACAGGGGCCAAAGUCCCUGCCCGGUCCUCACUGGUGGGCGUGGGCCGAGAGGCAGCUCUGCAGACUGCCCGCUGGCUUCUGCUUCUCUGGCUGGUAUGACCCGCUCAGAAGUGCUCACCUUCCUCCACGGAGGCGAGUGACGCCCAUCCCUUUAGUAGCAGCAGUCCCUGGGCCAGGACACAGGAUAGUCACUCCCCACUCAGGUAAUAAAAAAGCACCAACCAUGUGUCUCCCCACUGCUUCCACGUAGAUCUCUAUCCAAACUGCUUCCCAGCGGCCUCUGAGAUUGACACAACUGACCCCAAAUGACCUAGAAAUUCCAUUUCCACCACCAGCAAACACCUAAACACAGCCCAGAUGUGUGUGUGUGUGUCUGAACUCAUGUCAGGUGCAUGGUUCAGGACAGACCAAGGCCCGGAGGCGAGCAUGUGUCCAUGCGGUCCCACCCAUGGGUCUGGAGAUCAGCCUGGAAAGAGCCGCCUAGAGUAGGAGCUGUGUCCACCCAGACUUGAGCCCAAGGCCACCUCACAUGGGUCCCAAAUCAACCAUCAGAGCAGCCAGACAUUUAGCAAAUGGAGACCAGCCUUCGUUCACAGAAGGGAACCAGAAGAGGGAGCAGCUGGUCUAGGUUUCCGUGAUGCUGGGCCUGGACUGGUCCCUGGGCCAGUGACAGCGAGGGCCCUGCUACAGAGGUCCCCGUGGAUAGGGUGGGAAGGUUGGGGCUGCAGGAUGGGGGCUCCUGGACCCAGAGGACAGUGAGCCCCUAAGAGGGCAGAGCAGCGGGGGGUUCAGCACAUCACAAACUCCACGUGCAGGAGAACCGCCAGGGAUCUUGUGAAGGCAGCUUCUUAUUCUAGGGAACCAUGCUCUGCACAUCCAGCAGGCUGCAGGGGAGCCGCCCAGGAUGCUGUGAGUGGCCUCACUGGGAGUCGAGGUCACAGGAGAAUGUGGUCUAGGGGUACAAAGGCUGAGAGGGCCAGGGGUCAUGAAUCUCAUUUAUUCCUGAGUCUGAGCUGCUACCAGACCCAAAUCCAGCCCAAGCCAAGUAGGUGAGCCUGGGGUUCGGGCGGCGUGGGCACUGGAUGCAGAGCCCCCAGGACCCCUGUCGUCCCAGAGUCUGGGCACAGACACAGCCAUGGCAGCCACCAAAGGUUGUCCCCAUCCCUUAGCCCGUGUUUUAUAAAUGCCAGAGGCUGGGCCGAGUGCUCCAAAGAUCACAGGAUCCACGAGGGAGGUGGCACCAAUCUAUUCUACAGAUGAGACACAGUGACCUGCAGGCACUGCUAAGCGACAGGGUUCCUGUUCAGACCCAGGUCUGUCUGACAACAAAGCCCACGGUCUUCACCACCACAUUGUAGUGACACCCAACGAUGGUUUCACCAGCUUCUGAAAUCUGCACGUGGUUAGUGAUGGCAGCCCCGCACACACCCAGAGUCCCAAAGGGAGGUGCCUCAGAUUUUGCCAGGCUAGCGGGUUCCAAGGCACGCACCUCAGAAACCCCGCGUUCUCCCUGGGCCCACGUCAAAUCCUCUACAGGGACUGACUUCCACUUCCUCCGUGUGCGUUCUUAACUGCUUCUAAAACUGAAAAGUAAAAAAGUACAUUCAAAGACGUAACAGUCAACAUACAAAUCGCUGGAUGUCACCAAAGUCUUCGCUUCAACUGCUAGCUUAGUAUAUCUUAAUGUAGACUCCAAAAUAACUCUCCUGCCCUCUCUAAUUUUGAAAUUUCCUGAUUGCAAACCAAGACACAUCUAAACUUUGGGAACUUGCAAUGGUUCAUCUGCAUGACUGUGGACUUUUCUCAAUAAUGUGCCACCGACCCAGACAAGUGAGAAGCUGGCCAGUGCCGUCCACCCCACCUCAGAACGCCCGUCGGGUCUGUCAGAAGAGCCCUGCCAUCUCGCUGGACACUCACAGGAAGUUAGUUUAAGAAAUCUGAACCGAGAAAAUAAGGUACUCCUGGAAGGCGCCUUUUCUCCACUUCCCGUGCUGCCUCCACGUGGGAUUUGGUCGGCAGGACUUCUCCCUUCUCAAAGGGCCUGUGUGCCUGUGAAUCACGUCUGAGCUGAGACUCUCAGCCGGCUCUGCGCAGUCCCAGCCCUGCCUCUCGGGUGAAGUUCUGGGUCUCUGCCACUUUUGUGAAGAGGGCCUGUUGUUUCCCCAGCGCGGGCAGCGUCUCUGGGGAAAACACCGCAGCAUUUCCGUGUUGGAGGUGCUCCCGGCCCGGCCCACCUGUCUGUCCCCAUGCAGGAGGGUCGGCCCCAGAACUUGCAGCUCUGCCCAGUCCCGCCCUGCAUUCCUUCCUUCCUCGUGUUGACAGCCCAGCCUCCCAACCGGCCCCCAGUUUUCCAAGCUCUGCUCUGGUAUCAGGAAGCUGAGGACUGAUUCAAAGCCAUCCCCUCCACCCCCUUAAUCACUGCAGAGCAGGCUUACCUGCUGUCGGCUUCACCCCGAGGGCCAUGACCUGUUGCAGAGGCUAAGAUGGCAUUAGCAGCCCAGAGUGCAAGCUUCCUGUCUCUUUCUGGGGCAGCUUGAAACACUUCACCCACAGCCCACCUGAGACAGAAGCGCCCCUUCCUGGAGAACCUCCCUCACUGCUCCCUCCACACUCUCAUGAACAACAUGGAAAGCGAUCUUGAUUUUCAUUAAAUGUUUCGAGUAUA